UCCCGGCUGGCGGCGGCGGCGGCAGGACUUGAGCCGCGGCCGCAGCAUGGGGCGCUUCCGCGGGGGCCUGCGGUGCAUCAAGUACCUGCUGCUUGGCUUCAACCUGCUCUUCUGGCUGGCUGGCUCAGCUGUCAUUGCAUUUGGACUGUGGUUUCGGUUUGGAGGCUCCACAAAGGACUUACCAUCGGAGGACAAGUACCCAGAGCAUCUCCACGUGGGCCUCUACGUGCUGGUCGGAGCAGGGACCUUGAUGAUGGCCAUGGGUUUCUUCGGGUGCUGCGGAGCUGUGCGGGAGUCCCAGUGCGUGCUGGGAUCCUUUUUUACCUGCCUGCUGGUGAUAUUUGCUGCUGAAGUGACCACUGGAGUAUUUGCUUUUAUAGGCAAGGAUGUAGCUAUAAGACACGUGCAGACCAUGUAUGAAGAGGCUUACAGCGAUUACCUUAAAGACAGGGAAAGGGGAAAUGGAACCCUCAUCAUCUUCCACUCUGCGUUUCAGUGUUGCGGAAAAGAAAGUUCUGAACAGGUCCAAUCCACGUGCCCCAGGGAGCUUCCAGGCCAUAAGAAUUGCAUUGAUGAAAUUGACACUGUCAUCUGUGUGAAGCUACAGCUCAUUGGAAUUGUCGGUGUUGGGAUUGCAGGCCUCACGAUCUUCGGCAUGAUAUUCAGCAUGGUCCUUUGCUGUGCAAUACGAAACUCACGCGACGUGAUCUGAAGCUAACUUGAGCACGAACAUGGCAAUCUAGAACUCUCGUACUGAAUGUCACAGAGCUGUCUUGGUUCCUUUUUGAUAUGCACAGGACAAUGGGGUUGAAAAUAAUUUGCUGCCAGUUGUUCAUUUGCACAUGUAUGGAUGUCUGACUCAUUACUGGGGUUCUCCUGGAAAGAACGUCUGUGAAUGCUGACUGAGAACAUUUUCACGUGCGAGCUGUGUGUUUCUGGUAUAUGCAUUUGUGAUAAGAAUGAAAUCUAUCUGCUG